GUUAAAACCUGGGAAACAGUAGCAAAUGAGCAGAGUGAUGAGGUGCUCCUGACCAAGGCGGGAAAACGAGGCGAACGUGAGAUAGAUAGAUAGAUAGAUAGAGAGAGAGAGAGAGCGAGAGAGAGAGAGAGAGAGAGAGAGAGAGCGAGAGAGAGAGAGAGCUCUCAGGUAACAGAUUGAGAUACGCAGUGAGGAUGAAGGAGAGGUCAGGAAAAGGCGGUGAGCCGUCGGUAAACGAGCGUUACACUCAGUGGAAAUCUCUAGUUCCCGUUCUCUACGACUGGCUCGCUAACCACAACCUUGUUUGGCCAUCUCUAUCCUGCAGGUGGGGGCCACAAGUAGAGCAAGCAACUUACAAGAAUCGCCAACGGCUUUACUUAUCUGAGCAGACUGAUGGAAGUGUUCCAAAUACACUCGUCAUAGCAAAUUGUGAAAUUGUAAAACCUAGAGUUGCUGCUGCUGAGCACAUCUCACAGUUCAAUGAAGAAGCACGCUCUCCUUUUGUUAAAAAGCACAAGACAAUCAUUCACCCUGGUGAGGUUAAUCGAAUCAGGGAGUUGCCCCAGAAUAGUAAGAUAGUGGCAACACAUACUGACAGCCCUGAUGUUCUGAUUUGGGAUGUUGAGUCUCAGCCUAAUCGGAAUGCUGCAUUGGGAGUCUCUGAUUCUCGGCCAGAUUUGGUGUUGACUGGUCAUCAAGAUAAUGCCGAAUUUGCACUUGCCAUGUGUCCGACAGAGCCCUUUGUGCUAUCUGGAGGAAAGGACAAGUCAGUAGUUCUGUGGAGCAUUCAUGACCAUAUCUCUACCUUGGCAUCUGAACAGGGAGAUAAAAGGUCUCCAGGAUCUGGAGCCCCUACCAGUAAGCUGCCUGGAAAUAGUCCUACUGUUCAAGCUCGGGGUGUUUUUGUAGGGCAUGAUGAUACUGUUGAAGAUGUUCAGUUUUGCCCUUCAAGUGCACAUGAGUUUUGUAGUGUUGGUGAUGAUUCUUGCAUAAUAUUCUGGGAUUCAAGACAAGGUUCAACACCAGUCAUGAAGGUUGAAAAGGCCCACAAUGCUGAUCUCCAUUGCGUUGAUUGGAACCCAUUUGAUGUGAAUCUUAUCUUGACUGGGUCUGCUGACAACACAGUUCGCAUGUUUGAUCGUCGAAUACUCACUUCUGGAGGAGUAGGAUCUCCUAUCCACAUAUUUGAAGGCCAUUCUGCUGCUGUUCUAUGUGUCCAGUGGUCUCCGGACAAGUCAUCUGUCUUUGGAAGUUCUGCUGAGGAUGGCAUCUUGAACAUUUGGGAUCAUGAGAAGAUUGGUAAGGAACAUCAGGACACAAAACCCACAAAUUCUCCACCAGGCUUGUUCUUCCGUCAUGCUGGACACAGGGAUAAAGUUGUUGAUUUCCACUGGAAUGCAUCGGACCCUUGGACAAUUGUUAGCGUAUCUGAUGAUGGCGAAAGCACCGGAGGAGGUGGCACUUUGCAGAUAUGGAGAAUGAUGGACAUCAUUUAUAGGCCACAAGACGAGGUUAUCGCCGAGCUGGAGAAGUUCAAGUCUCACUUGCUCACCUGUUAGUUUCUCCAAUUUCCUUGUUUUUCGCCGGGGACGAAAAAACUUGUAGAGAAUUGAAUUUCAGAUAUUCCAUACUGGAAUGCCAAGUGCGAGUCAAUUUGGUGGAAUUUUGUGAAAUAUUUGUCAUUUGUUCAUUUAAUCUUUAUAAAGUUUUGGGAUGGUGUAAAGAGUUGGCCAAUUUCAAUUAAAGUGCUUAUUCAAAGACUAAUAAUAAUAUUGUUCUUAU